AUGAGCUCCAAAGCAGUAGAAGAAGAGGCGCUCAAAGCCACCCUCCUCUCCCAUGUCCGCGUCAUUCACAGUGAGAAAUAUCCGGGAGGCUCUGUAUUCGACGUCGUCAGUAGUGAUGUUCCUGGAGACAAGAAUCAAUUUACCGCCUAUGUCGUCGUCUACCCUCCAACGGCGCUCUUCAAGACGGUCGAAAACACGUCCCCCAUUUGGUCACCAGUUAUAACAGCGGGCUCUGGGAUAUCCGUGGUCCAAGCAUAUGAAAAGCUCCUUGCCGACCUGCGGAAAGAAAUGAGGGAGGUCAUGGUUGAGGCGUACAAGAAGAAGGCUGAGAAGUAA